AUGUCUGAGAAGCAGGCCGUCAGCAAGUGGAACAACCCGACGUUCCUCCACAGUUUAAUGCUCGCCUUGUACGGCCAGCUCAAGGGCAACCUCAGCAAAGAGGUCAAGGACGCGAUCGAGCAGAAGAUGCAUAGCGACGGCUUCGAGGAUGUCACCUGGGAUGCCAUUCGCAACAUCAUAUCACAAGCACUCUUCAUUUUCACCACGAAAACGAUGUCUCGCGUAACUAUGAAGUGGACUCCUGAGGACGACCAGCAGAUUCUGGUCGCCAUGGUCAAGACCCUGACCCCGAGCGCCGAACAGUACUCUGCCAUCAUCCAGGAGCUCCACACUUACGGCUACAACUACACAGUUUCUGCUCUCAAGUGUGCCUUCCUUUUUCUUCAUUUCCCUUCCUUGCGGUUUCACCUACAAGGCACCUACUUCCUCCAGCAACGCCCGCCUUCCUCUUUCCAAUAA